AUGCACGAAUUCACCUCGCUCGCUUUGUGCACAUUGUCGGUAAACUGGACUCUGACCUUCCUGGCGUUUCUAGCCGUGCUGGCGAUUUGCUGGUCCAGAUUCUCUUUUUUGGUCAUCAUAACCAGGCCAGAUGACAUCCUCGUCCUUGUGGCCUUUCUCAUCAGUACAGUCCUAGUCUCCCUAUCGACAUGGGCGAUUGUUGAUGAAGGUCAGGGCAAGCACCAACAAGACGUCUCUGCGUCCAAUCUCGAGACUGCAGCAAAGUCCCUUCUCGUCUCAGAAGCUCUAUGGACUUUAGUCACAGGCAUGCUACGAAUCGCGGCAAGCCUGUUGAUGCGCAGUCUUACCAAAGGGACCCAUGAUCGCGUGGUCCAUCACAGCGCCAUUGGGAUCAUGGUUCUCAGCACCGCACUAGCCACGGCUUCGAUCAUUCAAAUCUUCCUCAUCUGUCAGCCAUUCGCUGCACAAUGGGACCCGCAGGUCUUGGGCACAUGCGGCGACCAAGUGACGUCGUUUCUUGUAAUCGAAACCGCGGGGUUAUUGCUCGACAUUGCAAUAUUUACGUUGCCACCCGUCAUAGUAAUGCGGCUGAUGACACCGACGAAGAUGAAGGUUCAGCUUGUCUUGGUCUUUAACAUAGGUGCUGUAAGCACAGAACGGACCUUCCUACUCCUCAGUGUACUCGUUAUCACUGGGCUUCGGAUGGCUGCCCUGCGCAACGCCGUCUCGCCCGACUUCACCUACUCGCAGAGCUACCUGUCCCUGCUGUCUUCGGCUGGCUGUAUGACCGGAGUCAUCUGCUGUGCGUCACCAGCAAUACGGGCCAUGUUCCAGAGAGUUCGUCAAAACAAGGCCAUGACGUGGAGACCAAAUAUAGACUUGGAAGUCCACGUAUCUGGGCCGAACUUCCUCAAUACUAGGGGCACGAGGACUGAGCGGCGGGAGGAGGGACGAAGUGACCGUGACCUUGAAAAGGGAUCCGACUCCGGGGCUGACGCAGACGGAGACGACCAGCGUUCAUCACGCGAUGCUGUCAGCGAGAGUAAGAAGACGUUUGCUCCACUUAGCGAGGAGGUGAACGCCGUAGCGGUUGCCUUGGUCGAUUCCGGUCGUGUUGGUGACAACGAGCUGCCUCUGGAUCAGGGCCAACUGUUCUGGAUCCACCAAAAGCACGGGCAGGGAUGGCUGCUUGCGCAGAACCCGAGAACGUACGAGAUCGGACUUGUUCCUGAGAAUUUCGUGCAACUAAGAGGAACUGUUCCCUGGGGCUGGGACAAGCAAAUUGAGAUGAGCAAGUACUUGCAAACCUACCUGCAACGUCGCGCUGAGCCUGGACCUCGGUAG